UGGACCCUGAGUCUGAAUGCAAAUUGAACUGAUUUGGUUUUUCUCCUCCGGUGGGGCGGGGCUUAGAGUGGCGCUCUGCUCCUAUAGACGAUCUUUGAGCUCUCCAUCACCGACACUAUAGACGAUCUUUGUGCUGCACACGAAAGGGAAAGGAAACGGCUUCUUCUCCAUUCCUCCUCCCUCCUCCUCUCUCCUCUUUAGCUGUACUGUGUUUGAUCGAUCGGAAGCUUUGAGACGUUUAUUCCUCGGUUUCAGGGUGUCUCGGCUGGUUUUUGGACCCCCUCCCCUCCUCUGCAGUAGACUGUGAGGGAUUUGCUUCGCGUGAAAUUUCCCGGCGCCAGAUUUAUUGAGCGCAAAGUUGAUAGGCAAGCUAGCUAGCUAGCUAACUCUUAGCUAGCCUACUCGCUAACUAGCUUGCAGUGCUGGUAGAGGAGCCCGUUUUCGCAGACAAUUUUGGGGGGCGUCGUUUUUGUCAUUGCACUGCAUCUGCUCGUGGCUGUCUCCACCUGGAUCCUGAAGACUAUUUACGGCGAGGUUAAGAGCGGGUAAGCCGGUUUGCUCCUAGCUAGCGUGCUCUAACAGCCUGCUAGCUAAUACCCUGCGUAUUUAGCCUGGAAGCCACUUCAAGGCCUCAAGUCCACAGCACCACCAUCAGCUGCCACCACCACACUGUUUGCAUUGACAGCUUACUUGGUGACACAGAGACUUCUCCCUGAGGAGCCAAGAAGCAGACGGCUCAUGACUUCUGACCAGGACACGAAAGUUGUAGCUGAACCACAGGUGCAGCAAGUACAAGAGGCAAAAGAGAACUCUCAUUUGGAAUCCGCCAAGGUUUCAGACCUCAACCCCAAUGCGAAAGCAUGGGCCAACCACAUGUUUAGCCUGGACACCAGCGGGAGUGCUGACACCACAACUGCUGCCCUGCAGCCAUGGAAGGAAGGCUGCGAUAGUUUGGCCGACCCCGGCCCAGAAGGCUAUGAAGCCAGUGAAGACAAGGCUUUCAAGGAGCCCCUACUAACCGACCCAGAUGAGCCUCCACCGGAGCCAGUAAUGCUGGCCGAGCCGGCCACCCCGGCCUCCGUCACCCUGGAGUGCUCCGAGCCAGCGUACACAGAAUACCCCGAGUCUGGGCAACCAGGGCGCACAGCAGGCAGUGAUCCCCAGCAAGAGAGUCCUCAGGAGGGCUUGAGGGAGCACCUGAAGAAGACCUUGGAGUUCUGUCUUUCCCGGGAGAAUCUGGCCAGUGACAUGUACCUCAUCUCCCAGAUGGACAGCGACCAAUAUGUGCCAAUUGUGACGGUGGCCAACCUGGACCACGUCAAGAAGCUCAGCACCGACGUGGAGCUGAUCGUGGACAUUUUACGAUCUCUGCCAUUGGUCCAAGUGGAUGAGAAGGGGGAGAAGGUGCGACCCAAUCAGAACCGCUGCAUUGUGAUCCUGAGAGAGGUUCCUGAGAGCACGCCGAUAGAGGAGGUCGAGGCUCUUUUUAAAGGGGACAACUUACCCAAGUUCAUCAACUGUGAAUUUGCCUACAAUGACAACUGGUUCAUCACCUUUGAAUCAGAAGCAGAUGCACAGCAGGCAUAUCAGUAUCUCCGUGAGGAGGUGAAGACCUUCCAAGGGAAACCCAUUAAGGCGAGGAUAAAGGCGAAGGCAAUCGCUAUCAACACUUUCAUGCCAAAGAACGGUUACAGGCCGGUGGAGGUGAACCCGUACGCCCAGCAGCGCUACACGUCCUACUACAUCCCGCCGGUUUACAGCCCGCAGCAGCAGUUCCCCUUAUACAGCCUCAUCACGCCGCAGGCCUGGUCGGCCACACACAGCUUCAUCGACCCCACGCUGGUUGCACCAUUUCACAACAACCAGUUCAUCAAUGGAUUUACCACAUCACACAGUUUCAAACCAGCGACGUCUCCCCUCACUGUCAGACACUACUCGCCCAGGAACAGGAAUCACAGUAAACCUCACCUGAGGCCGACCCUCCCCACAGCAGACCGCAGCGCCGGGCUCCUGGACAACCCGGGUCUCUUCCCCAGCUUCCCCAGCGAGCGGCUCAACGGGGUCCGCAGCAGUCCGCCGACACGACUCCCGACCAGCCAGCCCAGAACCAGGUUACCCUCCACCGCAGCCUUCCCGCGCAGGGACACCGUGGGCACAGGUCGAGUCACCGAGCCCACAACCCCGGACUACUCCCUGGGUAUCGGCAGAGGAAGGAAAAAUGUUUCUGCUUCUAGGAAAAAGAGGGACGAAAAGUUUACAAGAGUGACGCCUCAGUCGCCGCCGCCUCCUCCCAAACCCCCGUCUCCGAGCUUCGAGCUGGGUCUCUCCAGCUUCCCUCCCCUGCCCGGAGCAGCCGGCCAGCUCAAGACUGACGACGUGUUCGACAACCGGCUGGCCAGCAGCGUAGUUGUCGGAAACGCCAAGGAACGGAAUGUAAAUGCUGACUCCAGCACCGGAGGAGCGCCCUCUCCAGCGGGUCCCAAAGAGCCGCUCCGGUCCUCCAGCUCCCCGAUGCCCACAAGCUUCCAGCCCUCGCCGACCACCCCGACCCCGACCCCAGCCUCGGCCCCCACCCUUAGCCCUGCCGCCGGCCCACCAAACAGCCCCGCCCCCUCCCUGCCAGCAGCGGAGGUGAAGGUGACGGAGGUGAAGCCGAAGGAGGUGCAGCUGUCUGUGGAGCGAGUUCCCGGCACUCUGUCCACUGCAAGCAAAUCUGUGCAAGUCAACGGCGCUGCCACAGAGCUGAGGAAGCCCUCCUACGCUGAGAUCUGCCAGCGGGUGAAGGACGCCCCGACAUUACAGCAGCCGCCGACCCCCAAGGAAGCCAAGCCAGCCUGCGCCGCCCCCCCAGGCGAGGAGAGGAAGUGCUCGGAUGCCGCCACCCCCGCAGGGGAGGCCAAGGCCAGAGAGACAUACCCCCCUUCCUCCAAACUGGGCCCGGCGGCCGUCACCCCGGGCAGACCCCCGCGGGAGGCCCGGAGGCCGGCGGGGCGGUGGGCCUCCCCGCCCCCACACCCAGGGAAAACCCCCAGCAAAGAUCCCCACCACACCCCGCCCAAGUCCCCGCAGUAGGGCGCCCUCCCUGAGUCCUCCACCCCCCGUCACUACGCUCCACAGAUGCGUUUGAAAAAAAAAGGAAAUAUAAGUCAGGGCUACUCAAUACUUAUAUCCCAGAAUCACCAGUCACAGACGAGAAUAGAGGACGCCUUCUUUUCUGGAUCAGGGCUUGCAGACAAAAAGCACUUUACUGUGCAUGUAGAGCACCGUUUCAUUCUUUUUAUUCUAUUUAUUUGAUUUUUUUUUUUUUUUUAAUUUUCAGUUUUAUUUCUCUUUUUUCUCUUUUUUGCAUUACAUAGUUGUGUCAUCCUCUGAGUCGGCACAGACAACACUGAAAUUGAUUCAUUCUGUCCAAACGGCCUCGUGGGUUUAAAUUGUGUGUGAAGCAGCAGGGCAUUGUCCCCCCUCCCCCUCCCCCUGCAGGGGAUGAUGGGAAAGAGUGCGUACAGACUCCACCUUGUUUGGCUCUAAUAGUGAGGGGUUUGUUUGCAUGUUGAGUGGCACUGAUGUGCAACUUUAUGUAGCUUAAUUAUGGCUCAUAAUUAGCAGAUGUGUGUGUUGGUUUUUUUCAAAAUACAUAUUCACAUCCAUAUGCAAUAUUCAACAUCUAAAUCACAAGACUCGGACCCUCCGGUGUUCAUUGCUCUGAUUGUUUUUGCAGAUUUAUUUACACCAGAUGACGUUCGUUUGUUUGUUUGUUGAUGAUUUCAGCAGCUCAGCUUCGUCUGUUGACUAUCGGUACAGUUGCUCCUGGUGAUUUCUUCCUCCGAUCAUUUUCUGUGUAAAGAAUCACCUCCCUCUGCUGUGUUGUUGUUUUUUUUACUGUGUGCUAACACUGCUAACUGGCUAGCUGUAUAGCACAGCAUCGUAUCUUAACGGCCGUGAUGGGAUAUCAGUGCUGUUUUCGUUUUGUUUUUUUAGCGUCAGACAAGAAGGGCAUGUUUAUCUGCAACCAAAACUUUAGGCAUCGAGCAGUUGUGUCAGUAGAAAAAUGUCUUGGUGUUUUUGUUCAGUUGCUCGCAGUGCGUGUGUCUUUAUGAGUCAGGGGAAGCUACAUUUCCUGGGCAUUGCUUCUUUAUUUUUGAGACAAAAUAGCUUGUUCCUAUUAAAAACUGUGGAAUUAAACUAUCAGCAGGCACAUACUGUCAGAGGAGGAGGCAGGGUGGGUUAAAGGCUGACACAUAAAAAAAUAAAAAACGGCUGUGACGAUGAAGCAGCUGCUUCUCGUCUGAAGCGGUUUGGGUGAGGAAACACUGUUGAGCUGUGGAGGAAUUAACACUCACCUGUUUGCCACUGUGACAGCUAACGAACUGUCAGGAGGAGGAGGAGGAGGGAUUUGUGGCUCUACGGGGGAGAAAGAGUGUUAGUCUCCUGCCUGGAAGUAGAGUGGGAUCAUUAUUUUUCUUUAUUCUAGAUAUGGUGCUAGACAUCGAAAUCCUGGAACCUGUUACUGAUCUGAUAUCGUCUGUAGAAAAUACUUGAUUUUUACAUCGUCAGAACUUUUAUUUGCACUGUUAUCUCAAACUCGCAGGCAAAUGCAUUAUUAGACGAUCCUACCUGAAGCGGAAGAAAAAGGGAAUUUAUCCUUAAAAAUCAAGGGAAGAAAAAAAUGCAAGAUGCAAAUUCUUUUUUUUUUCCAGGAGCAAAUGAACCCUGCAGCACCAUCUGUGUAGACGCAAUCGCUGACGCCUUUUUAUGUUUCUGUUGUCGUGCCUUGUGGAUGCCUGUUGAACACACUGUGGUGGUGAAGGAAAGACGUCUGUGCACAUGAAUGCCGUUUCUAAGUAUAAUUUUUUUUUUUUUUGCUGAAAAGGAGCCGCUGCUCUUAUAGGCAUGCAGUGGUUUGGGAUUUUCUUGGCCUCUGGUUCUGUAUCAGUUAGGAUUUUCAUUGAAAGAGUGCAUGUAAAACUGCUGAAAUACGGAAAGUGAGACGGUUGAGUAGACCUAGAAUGUAAAAGCGAUGAAGGUAAAUGAAGAGUGGGGUGUUUUUCGGGGGGAAUGUAGUCGUGAAAUGUGAAAGGGAGCGUGAAAGGGAUUUGUUGGGAGUCCUGUCGGGGGCCUCACGUGAACGUUUUUUUUGAACCAAACAUCCUUUAAAGAAAAUUUAGCAAGCAGGCAGACGAGAGCGGGCGGGUUUACAGCAGGAAUGCAAUCAGGGAAAUCUGAAAGAGUCGUGUAAAAUCCAUCCUCAGGGUGAAGAUGUUCAGCUCCCCCUUUCUUCCUCAGCGUCCACUCUGGUUGUUUGUUUCUCCGUCAGCAUGCUCCCUCCUCGUUUUGAUUCCUCCUCUUUUGUUGUUUCUGAAAGAAAAGAUUGGGAAAGAUCGACCAAAGCACACGGACCUUCUUACUGCUUCACUCCUGUGGGAUAAAUUCCACCUGACGGGAGUUAAAUUUAAAGCACAGAGUGUGAAAGGGGAAAAAAAAAACCCAACCUUUUCACAACCUUUACUCACCUUGAGCCGGCAGAACGUGCUCCGGGAUGGAUGACGAGGCUCAGCGGGACUUAAUCGAGCAGCGUUUUCGGAUGGCGGCUGUUUGGCCGUGGAACAUUUUUCGAGUGAAGUAGCAAGAAUUCAGAUGCAGGGAGGAAACUCUUUGCCCAGCUUGGGUUUGGGAGGUCUGUCUACUGUAGCAGCCACUUUGGCAGACGACCGACCAAGUCUCUGAUGUUUUACUGUAUUCUAAAAAUGUCAUUGGCUGGAGAAAUGGUGAAAAAAAAAAAAAUAUAUAUUGAGGUUUGAAGUGAUAAAACUGUCAUAGUGAAACGAUAAAAGUUAGUUUUUUUGAAGCGAGUUUCCCUCCCUGAUCAUCGGUCGAGUGCUCGGGUUGAAUCUCUUUUUUUAAAAGUCACCUCAGAUGCAAAACACCCAUAAAAAAACCACUGUAUUAUACACAAUAUCUGUUUUUUGGGGGAAACGCAAAACCUACACGACGUGGGACCUCGCAUGUCUCGCCAAAGUCUUCCUGCAACAAGAAGCAUUCUGGGUAAUCCCACUAAGAAAAAACAUCUGGAGAGGGGAACGCUUCGUUUAAAAAAAAGAGGAAAAAAAAAAGAAAAAAAGCCUGUACUCCUGCUCAUAGCUGCUUUUGAUUUGGACGCUUGAGUUUGCUAAAAAAAAUAUAUAUAUAUUUUUGGGAUUUUUUUUUGAAGGACUGAAAUGCACUUGGAUGGGUCUAUAAUUUUUUUUCUCAUCAGUGGAAAUGGUAAAAGAGAUGAAAAUGCACCAUAUCCACUUAUUUAUAAACCAAUGCUGUUUAUUCCAGGAGAAAUAUCGUUAAGUUUGCUUUAUUUUUUAUUUUUUAGGGAGAAGAAAAUAGAGAUGCAUCAAGGUCUCUAUGUAUACGCAAAAUGUAAAAAAAAUAAUUUCCAUCCAGUGUUUGAGAAACUUGAAUUUUAUUUAAACUUGAAAAAUGACUUUGCCUUAACUUUUAUACAAGACAAGCAUAGAGUUUAUUUCUUUUCAAAAAAAAAUAAAUCCCCGAAAUGUUAAACAAAAUGUGACAAGUGGUAAAUAUUUAGUCGUACCGGACGUCACAAGUCUUACAUGGAGAGAGAGAGAGAGAGAGAGAGAGAGAGAGAGAGAGAGACAGAGAGAGAGAGAGUGAGUACAAAUCUAGCAGCAUUUCUUUCUUUUCCCUUUUUAUUUUGUUUUUGUAAAAUGUGCGAAUCGUUUUUGAUUGUUCCCUUUCUUUGUUUCUUGUAGUUUCAGGUUGUUUUUUUGUUUCCUUUGGGGAAAAACAUAAACCUUGUAAAUGCAAAACUAGUCAAUACUGUAUUCAAUUUGUGCACUUUGAAGUGUGUGCUUUGCUUGUACAGUUGUAAAUACUCAGAAAAAUAUAAGAGGUACCUUAAAAUGAUUAUAAAAAUAUAUUGAUCUUGUUGAACUAUUAAUGUCGCUAUCGAGCUGGAUGUAGGAUAUAAAAAAAACCUUAAUGUUGUGCUUUUUUGGAAAUGUUUUUCUUUAACAUUUUUAUUUUUUAGUUUGGGUGUGCAGAGUUUGAAUUCUGCUCCUCUCUGCAGGACGGGCAGCUUGUCUAAUUGUACAUCUUUUUUUUUUUGUUUUUGCUGUCUUUCAUUCCAUUUUUUUUUCGUACCUGUGUGGUCUGUUGCACCUGGGUGUACAGGUGCAUCUUUAAGCCCCUCCCCCUUUAUUCUCACUGUGCACUAAUUGGAAAGAGCCUGUGGUACUGACGAGCAUCUUAUUAAUGAACCUCACAAAGCUGCGUGUCCAACAACAUCCUCUUUAAAGCUCUGGCUGCUUUUUCUUUCACUGUUUACGCUUGAAGUUAUUUUUUUCUGAGGUUUUUUUUGCUUUUUCUGGAAGUUUGAAGCAAAAAAAAAGCACUACAUGUCAGAUUUUAGUCAUUUGUGUGCAGCCACUAAUGCAACUUAUACUAGAUGUAACGUAAACGUAAAAGAAUUGUUUUCCAGCAGAAUCGCAGAAAGUUUCCUCAUGUAGACGACGACACUAAUACUGAACAUAGAUAUACGUGUUCAUUCAUAUGCAACUCAACAGUAUAUAAUCAAACUGCAUUGUGUCCACAUGAGGUGGGCAGCAUGACUCGACAAUAUCUAAUGUUACACAAGAUUAAAACAACAGAGAGCUCAGGUUCUGCCACUUUUAUUUGGUUUCUUUUCAAGGUUUCUUUUACUGGUUUUGCUGAAACUUGAUUAGUGGUUUUCUGUCCAUAUUUAAAGAUGAAAAUGCAUCUUUAACUGCACUUGGUGGUAAUAUUUUGGGGGAAAAGUUGAGAAAAUAACAUGCUGGAGAUCCUUUUUCUGAGUCUGAUCUAAAUAGUUUUCUCUCCUGUGUUUAUGGCUGAAGAACAGGUGCAAAAACAAAAGUUUUUGAAAGAUUAUCUUGAUUAUCGGUUUGUUGUUGUAAUACUCUUUCUGACCACUAGAGGGUGGAGUGCACCACUUUUUUUUAUUUUUAUAAAUGGGACAAAAAGCAUUCACAUUUUCUUCCAGGUGUUUAAAUUUCUGCAUGCACUAUAAACAUUAGAAUUUAUUGUGUUUGCAAGUUUUUUUCUUUUGGCUAAAGUAUCAAAAUUGGAAAUAAAAGCUAGAAAAGUUUUUCCGGUGCAGAACCAAGGUUUUUCUGCGAUCAUGCACCACCUAUUGAACUAAAUUUUACUGCAUAAGUACUGUGAUGAAAUGACGCCAUUUGACCCAGUGACUUUGCCUCUUUUUACCCUCCUUGUGAGCUGUAUCUAAGGCUGAGACUCAUGGGAGAUGUAGUUGAAUGCUUGAGUUUUUCUUUGUUGAAAUGGGGCGUUAAAAUGUAGAGUAGAGGUCUCCAGAAGUGAGGAGUUAUCUCACUUUUUUUUUGUUUUUUUGUUUGUUUAUUUUGGUUCCGGUUGGGUCGAGCACAAAUUGGAUUAGUUUAAAUUAUCCUUGUCUCCCUCAGGUUUUUGUUAAAACUCCUGCAUGUAGGUGUUGGUUGUUUCUUGUAAAAUAUGGACAGAAAACCUCCAGGAACUUGUGGAUAAUAGAGUGAAAGCUUUAGAGAAAUUGAAGGGAAAACAGAAAUUAGUGGCAGAACUUUGAAUUUGAAUCGGCACACUGACUACACUUCGCUGCAAGCUGCACCUCCUCUGGCCACCUUUUUUUAAAAACUAAGAGCGAUGCCUGAUGGACACGUCCCAGUUUUGUCUUCAGACACGCCGGUGCUUCGAGGCGUUUGCAAAAAGAAGCACACGUGAAGCACAUUUAAGAACAUUCAGCUUGUAACUCGCACACCACACUCAAGCUGGGAGCUCAUUGGGAGCCGCCUGGAAACGUGACGACACAUUUUUUGGGAUUGUAUGAUGAAAACAAGCGUUUCCUAUCUGGAGAUGAAGUGAAAUGUUGUUGCAGCAGGUAGAAGUUCCCCACUCGAGUGUCGCUGUGGCGAAACAUCCACUCAGCCAAAAAGCUGCUGCUUAGUGUUGUUACUUUUUAUUUUCUGGUUUCUGUUUCUUGUUCAUGUUCUCAGCUUUCAUCACUUCCUCUCCUGAGAAAUAUAUGUACAAAUAAUUUUAGUUUUUGGGGACAGAAGCAGAGGCUCAACUUAACUGGAAUCACAGUUUUUUCGUUUGUUUUCAAUGUGUUUCAGAGCGACAUAUUUCUGGCACAUACCGUACAGUAACAUGCGCAGAUUUACAAAAAAAGAAGAAAAAAAAUGUCUGUCUAAACCAUUUGAUCACAUGUGGACUGCAUUUUGAUGUGGCAAAGAAAACCAAUAACUGUGCCAUUAUUCAACUGUUGUUUUUGUCUCGACUGGGCAGAUUAACCUGUACAUAGCUGAGCGCUUGCCACCCCUGGCCUCUUCUUCCUCUUUCUUUUUUUAUUUCAAAGAUUUUCCUGAAAGUCCAUCAAAGACUCAAUGUGACACCACUGACUGUAGGAGAUGUUUCUCGUGCGUGCCGGUGCCGAGGCGUGUUUCACCUUCAGACUUUUGGAGAUGGAAAAAAAACAAAAACACAGACGCUGAUUUUACAAACUGGGCAUCCCUGAACUGUGAAUGUGUGCAUGUGUGGAAUAAAUAAACGUACCACCCAGAAAUCCAGCUAAAGGUGACUCUUUUCUGAAGCGCGGUACCUCAGACUGGAUGCUUUCGAAGGGAUUUUUUUGGCCACGCCUCCCGGCAUUAACGCUCAUGUUGUGGCGUUUUUGAGGAACCCUUUUUUGUUGUCGUUUUUCUUCCUCAUGGACUUCUGCACGGAGCCUCAUAUCAGCCUGUCGGUCGCCUCAGCUCUCAGUCUCCUCCUUCCUGUUCGCCCAUUUUUUUGACAGUGCCAUUGUUUUGUUUUGUUUUUCCUCAAGGGUUGCAGCUUGUGAUAAAAAUGGACCCCUUGUGUUUUUUCUUUUCAUUCAAGAUAUAAUAACGAAUGCACACCAACUGACUGGAAUAAGAUCUCUUUCUCACUGUGGUUUAACUCAUUAACACUCGCUACGCUAACAGCUGUGGACAAUCGAUGACUCCUUCCUGUUGGGGUUUGGACAGAUAAUUUUUUGCCUAACGACACCUUUAACAGAUGUGGAACGGAGGUUGCGUUCAAGAGGGCUUCUUUCUUUUUUUUGUUGUUUUUGAUUUUUUUUUGGUUUUGUUUAUUUUUGGGUCUAUUCUUCCAUCGAGACUGGAAUCAAGCGUACAUGUCAGCUAUAGAUAAUUUAAGUUACUCUGUGUCAUGAUGUAAAACUGUCUAAUUUGGAGAAAAAAAUGUAGCUUACUGAAAAAUAAAGAUUUAGGCACUG